AUGAGGUCAGAAAUUCAUAUUUUAAAUCAAGAGGAUUGGGUUCAAAAGUUUCAUCUUGAAAAUAAAAUUGAUAUAAAUUUACAAGUCGUUGUAGAAAACGAAUCUACUAAAAUUGAAAUAGAUGAAAUUCCAAACAUGAAUAAUAGCAGUAAUAAAAGGGAUUCUUAUUUACAGUCUAUCAUGUUAUCUUCAGAACCCGCAACAAUAUGCACGAGUCCAAUUUCUUGUACGGGUAUUGAGACAUGUACUUGCUAUAAAUGUCAAAGACAGAAAAGACGAAUAGUGAACCAUUCUACAGCCAUAAAAUCAUUACCAAAUCCAAAUUCUACUUUUGUCAUUUCAGAGGCUUAUACACCCUUAAAGAGAAUAACAAAAGAUCAAAAGCCGAUCGAAAGAAGGGAAACUGCUUCAGAGAGUAUUUCUUACAUACAGCAAUCAAAACCUACAGUCCCAUCACCGAAAUCGACAACGAAAAGAUCGAAUACGUUGAGAAAGAGACCUACAUUAAAAUCUUAUGAGAAGCAUUUACCAAAGCCUGCUUAUUCACAAGAUGAUUGUAUUUAUAGAAUGCAACAAAAUGAAGAAGAACCAAAGGGGAAAAAAGUAAACGAUAAGAAUGAAAGGAAAGUCGAUCAAAGUGUCGACAACUAUCAAAUUGCAUGGAAAGAUGAUCAAAUGGGUCAUGAUAUCUUGACUUCAUUUGUCACUUUUCAAGCUAUUUUUGAAGAAGAAGGAAAUGAUAAUAAAGGGUUAUCAGAUUUGUUAGAACGACGUACAAAGGAAUUAAAAUAUCAAAAACAACAGCUACAUGAUGAUAAAUCCUUCCUAGAGAAAGAAAUAGAUUCAUUGCCACCAAGAUUACAUGAUUGUUUAACCAUGAGUUAUCGUCAAGGGCCCAAACAUAAUCCUUUGACUCUUUAUCAUACUAUGAAAAUGCGAAAUGAAAAAGAAAGAUUAGCUGCAUAUAAUCUUGCAUUUGAACAUUGUAUCAAUGCAAACAGUGGAAUGAAAAAAUGGGUUAAACGAACAAGAGUAGCACCUACAAGACAAGAUUCAAAAUUAAUUCGCCCUAUUCGAGCUUCCACUAUCAAACGAACUUUACUUAAUCCACUAUCCUCGAAAAGGAAUAAAAGAGAGGAAUUAUCAAAUAAUGUAUUAUUACCAGAUACAACCGAAAAUUAUAAAAAGACUAAGAAAUCAGCAAAAAUAAGCAUGAAUACAUAUCAUCUGCCAUUUAUUUCAGAAUAUCAAGAUGAUCCUAGUCAUCCGCCCAUGAGAGAUGUUUUAUCUGCUGCAUAUGCUUUUUUACCAACUACUAGUAAUGAUGAUCAUCCUUCUCUAAAGAAUAUAUCCGAUUAUUCUAAUAAAAUACAAUAUGAGCAUAUAGAUAUACCAGGUCGUCCACGACACAUAUUGACCUCUGAAGUUAAUGAUAAUGCUAGUAUUUCAUCUUCAGAUUCAGGACAUGGUGAAUCCUCAUCUUUUAAAUUGAUAAAGAGUAGACCAGGUCGUUUACUGUACUCACUAGGAAGAAAGGCUUCCAUUCGAUCCUCUAAUAAAUCAAUUUCCAUUUUGUAA